AUGAUUAUCAAGAAUAAUUCAUUUUACUCAACGCCCGAAUCGAUUUAUUCGCAAUUGAAUUCAACCACUCAGAUUGAUGAUCGAUCAUCUACAAGUACAAUAAUCACAAUUAUUAUUCUAUCGUUUCUAAGCAUAUCCGGGUGGAUUUUCAUGUCUUAUGCACUAUUUGGCCGGUCGGAAGCUUAUCGUACCAAACCUGAUGAUCAACAUGGGGUAUCACAUUAUUUGAAUAGCUCAGAGAUUACAACGCCAAAUGACUUUCUUGCCAAUGUGGAUUGA